GGCCGUCCGCUAUCGCCAUCAUCAAAGCACUGGGCAAACGACUCGAGCAACACACGGGGGAAGCCCGUUCUCAUGAAUUUUUACGCCAAAGAUAGCUCAGAGCAGCAAUUAUGGAAACAACAAAUAUGGCUGCUUGUUUCUAGCCAGGAGAGACUGCUUUAUCAAAUAACAACCAUCGCCUUCCUACAACGCGGAAACCGCUUUAUAAAUCCGCUUUGGACACCUAUUUUCAUACUGUCAUCUAUUGAGACCCUUGUAGUUGAGACCGUUCUUCGAACCAGUACCAUAAUUCGUUUGACGAUGGCUCGGAAGGAUGCUCGUGGACAGCAUAGUCCAAACGCCGAAAAUUCGGAAAACACGGUGGCUACCCGGCCUACCCCGAAUGAUAAGGGGUGUGCUCCAUCCAGAUGUUUAUAGCCAACUGGUUAGCCACACCGAAAACAUAAAUCUAUGGGCGGCAACGGUCAGUCGUUAUACUGCUGUCUUUCUCCUUCUGGCGGCCCUCAGGAUCCCAUGCGAUACCAUCAGUGCCCUGACUAGCAGGGUCUACGCGUUUCCCCAUGAGCCGGAAGAAACGCGUUUUCGGAAACGGACGGAAUAUCUACUGAUGAACGUCGUACUACCCGGGAUGGUGUAUUGGUUGAUUUCCAUUCUGACGCUGUGUUGCGCCCGGCAGAUUGUGACAAAAGCUCAGGAAGUAUGGAAAAAUCCACGGUUGUUCAUCGAGAGUGAAGCCGUAUGUCAACAGCUUGUGGACGCAUGCAGCCAACUGCGCUUCGUCUCCUUACCAAUUGCGGUCGGUCCGAUGCUGACCUUCUUUGAGGAUGUUGUUCUUAUCGACGUCAAUGUCUACUUGGGAAAAGAAUUCUACGCUCACAUAAAGGUUAAUCGUCUUUCCUGGUGGCUGGAUCUCGGGCAAGUCUUCUUCUGGGGUUGGUGGGAGCGUUUGGUUACGUUUGGUCGUUGAGGGCCAGUACCUGUAAUUCAAAAUGGAGACCGUGAUCUCUUCUAACAACUGAAAGCAUGCGCAGACCAUGGUAUCACGCAAGGGUUUUCAACUAAGAAGAUGAACCGUUUUCUUUUUGCUCUUGUGAAAGGAAUAUUACGGAUUCAGUCUUUAGUACCGUAACCACAGUCAUGAUAAUAUUUAAUCAAGGAGCAACCGCACAUAUCAUCGGCUCCCCUAGGCAUAUUCUUACUCGUAAGCGAACUUAUUGAUUGCUCUUCUGUUAGCAGUUCUAGUAUCGUUUCAAAACAUUAAGCGCUUAUUUUCGGGAUUCGUAUUCAUAUUUUCUGGACGUUUAGACUCAUUCAUUGGCAUAUGUGCAUCUUACAGUAUAUGAGCAAUUAUUUGUGGUUACCUACCUAUUUACGCGUCAAAAAUGUCGUGCUGCAUGUACUAAAGCGGUAGUUUCGUUCAAUCAAA